CUUACUUAGGGUACCCUAUAAUACUUAUAACUUAUAUACCAUCACCUAACUUCUGUAUAUAUAGGCAAAAGUAACAUAUAUUUUGGUGUCGUGGACUCCGUAUUCUCGGUGACUCCAUGUUCGUGGUGAUCGUGAAUCGUGGUAUUUAUAUAUAUAGUCGUGUGUACUUAUAUAGGUAGAUAUCGAUUGUAAAUAAAGUAAACAAUUUUAUCGUGAUGUCUCCAAGGUCUUUAGUCGAGCGAGCAUAUUGUUUAACCCCUCGAUCAAGUACAAGUAUUUGUAAGGACUAGUAGAAGAGCAAUUGAGCGAAUUUUAUGUUGAACGAAAAAUCUUUGGAAGCAGUGGUGGAACUUGAGGUUAUACAUCACCCGGCUUGUUCUCCCGUAUUCAAUUUAUCAAACAGCGACUAAAAAAAAAAAAAAAAAAAAAUGAAGAUCAAGCCCAGAGUUUACUUUGACGUGGAGGUUGGUGGUCUGCCAAUUGGACGCAUCGUGUUUGAACUGUACUCGGAUGUGUGUCCGAGGACAGUAGAGAACUUUCGAGCACUGUGUACUGGAGAAAUGGGCCUUGGUUUGACGACAAACAAACCGCUUUUCUACAAGGGCAUUGUGUUUCACCGAGUCGUUAAGAAUUUUAUGAUACAGAGUGGUGACUUUUCCGUAGGAAAUGGAACAGGUGGGGAAUCAAUAUAUGGUGGAACUUUUAAGGACGAGAACUUUUCAAUCAUGCAUGACAAGCCUUUUCUAUUGUCGAUGGCCAAUAGGGGCAAGGACACUAAUGGUUCCCAGUUUUUUAUUACAACCCAGCCAGCCCCCCACCUUGAUAAUAUUCACGUGGUGUUUGGAGAAGUCGUAUCUGGCCAGGAGGUAGUUAAUCACAUUGAGAAUCUACCUGUUGACCGAAUGUCUAGACCUCUACAGGAUGCCAAGGUUGUGAACUGUGGAGAGCUUGUUCUCAAGUCGAAACACAAGGAUAAAAAAAAGAAAGAGAAGAAGAAGGAGAGUGCUAGUGAAUCUAGUUCCGAGAGUGAUUCUGAAAAGAACAAGAAAAAGAAAGCCAAAAAGAAGAAGUGGACAGAGGUCGAGGACAAGGCUCCUGAGACAAAAAAGAGCAAGACUGAGGAUGCACCUCAUCCACUGGUGUCUGUCACUAAAAUCGAUCCGGACGAGAUACCCGAGGUGCCUGCUAACAAAUUCCUCUAUCGUGGUGGUUCGGAUAAUAACGCCAAUCAAAAACAAUUUGUGAGAGAUCGCCGGCAAAAUUACAGAACUUCACCCGGUGGUAGGAUCUUCAAAGGACGAGGGGUCUGCAGAUAUCGUUCUGCGUCGCGAAGUCGCUCCCGAAGCUUCACGCCACCGCACUGGAAACGCGAGCAGAAGAAGAUAAUCAAGUUUCCCGAGUUCCAGAAGAUAGUCCAGAAACAACAGAGAGCCGACGACGCACUGUCUGACCAAGAGGGUAAGGAUGAGGAAGGAAAAGCCAGUACACAGAACAAUGGAAAACUCAACGAAAAGAAUUCUCAGCGAGAAGCAGAGAAGGAAAACACCCCUAAAAAAGAGAAGAAGUCAUCGCACGGCAGUCCCAAGGGACAUAACAACUCGGUGGACAACAAGCAUCGGCCUAGCAAGCCCAGCAAUUGGGACGAAAAGCCCAAGUCGAGCCGGCACAAUGAUGGAAGCGAUUCGAAGCAAAAGUCCAGCCGGCACAAUGACUCCAAUGACAAGUACAAGUCGUCCUCGUCGUCUCACAGGUCAUCCAGACGAUCGGCCGAGCGCAAUGACGAUAAGUCGCGAAGCCGGCAUCGCUCCAAGCAUCGGUACCACAAAUCGUCACCCAGUCGCAGUAGGAGGAGGUCGCCUCGUCGGCGCUCGCCUUACGAGUCCUCGUCGUCGAGGUCGAGACGUUCACCUCGUCGACGAUCACGCUGAAGGCAGUAAUUUCUCUGCGAUCGGAUUAUUCACGGGUGUACCUAAUUUCAUCAUUUGACGAAGAUAAUUAUAACGGUUAUACCCAGUGGCUUUGAAUGAAGUAAAUUUUAUAGUUAUGAACUUGGUUGUUUAACCAGCAAAAAUAAAAGGGAAUCGUUUUAUUAGAAAUGGGUUUCAUUUUUAUUUAGAAUAAAAAAAAAACAAUGAUUUUUCUAGUA